GCUGUCUUGAAGAGGGCUGAGGGGAAUCUGAGAACAAUAUGAAAUGGGAUUUUAAAGAUCCGCCCAUGUAAUGCAGAUUGCAGAACGCAGAGGCUGAGAGUUUGCUGAGGUUCUCUUUGAAAAAAACAAUAAAAUGUUUCAGGGUAAAGGAGAGGACCAUGAAGUAGAAGUUUCCCAAGGCCAAGGGAUGAAGAUGCCAAGGCUAUUGCCUGGCUUCCUCUUGCUUAGGGCUGUUUUCUGUUUUUACAGAUCUGAGGCUGUCAGAGAUGACUCUGGUUCUGUCCAUGAAUAGAUUCUGCGAGCCCAUUGUCUCGGAAGGAGCUGCUGAAAUUGCAGGGUACCAGACACUAUGGGAGGCUGACAGCUACGGAGGCCCGAGCCCCCCAGGGCCAGCACAGGCUCCUCUGCAGGGAGACCGGGGAGCCGGCCCCCCGCUGGCAGGAUCACAUUACAGGGGAAUUUCAAAUCCUAUAACAACAUCCAAGAUCACAUAUUUUAAGAGGAAGUAUGUGGAAGAAGAGGAUUUUCACCCACCACUCAGCAGCUGUAGCCAUAAAACCAUCUCGAUUUUUGAGGAACGAGCCCACAUCCUUUACAUGUCCUUAGAAAAGCUCAAGUUCAUCGACGACCCCGAAGUGUACCUCCGAAGAUCUGUCCUUAUAAACAAUCUGAUGAAAAGGAUCCAUGGAGAAAUUAUCAUGCAGAAUAACUGGUGCUUUCCCGCCUGCUCUUUCAAUGGCGCCCCUGCCCAGGAGUGGUUCAUGGCUCAGGACUGUCCCUACCGAAAACGCCCGCGGGUGGCCAAAGAGGAGUGUGAGAAGAUUCACGCCUGCUGCUUCUACCAAGAUUGCGGUGGCCACUACCUGAAUUUACCCCUCUCUGUCAACGCCAGCGUCGGAAGUGCCUCUUCCUCCUCUGCGGCCUCGGCUUCCUCGCCUCUGCCUUUACCGAGUUGCUCCCACCAGGUGGAUUUUGAUGUUGGCGGCGCACCGGGUUAUAAGGGCGACGGCCAGAUACCUGCCAACGAAAUCUUUGUUACUAAUGUCAGGUCACUUGGCGGUCAGGAAAAGGCCAAGUUAAAUGAUGAGGAAGCAGGUGAUGACACCAACAGGGCUGGUGGCCCCCUAAGCCAUGAACCUGUGGGAAGUGACCUUGCUUUUGAGUGCAAAGGCCAAUUUUAUGAUUAUUUUGAGACCGGCUGUAAUGAAAAAAACAGUGUAAGCGAGUCCUGGAAAAAGUCCUUAAGGAAAAAGGAGCCUUCACCGAGUAACAAACUGUGCUGCAGCAAAAGGAAGUAAAAACCCGAGCCACCUUUCCACCUCGACUCUGACGCAUGCACAGCAUGAUCGGUUAGCACCGUACGUUUUAUUCCGAAUGGAUUUUCUAGUUUUGUACAACUGAUGCGAUUAUGCCAUGAACAUGCCGUGUCGUUUUAAUGCCUGGAGAGCAGAUUGCAUAAAACAUCUGUACAGUAGGGCAUCUGCGAGCUACUUAGAAAUGUGGUAAUUUUACCAAGAAAGCAGUUGACUUAAUGCUUACAAGUCUGUCUUAGUUUUCUCACAGAAAAGACCAGUAGAUUAGAACUGGGGGACAGUAGUGUGCCCUUGUGAUAUUUCCAUUAUCCCCCCCUCCCCAAGGAGCCUGUCACUAGCUAAGAAACUUCAACGUUUGCCAAUUAAUUCGGUAGUUAUUUGGUAAACACAUCAACAUAACCAGCAAAGGAUGUCUGCUUCGUCUAUAUGAUACAGUAUUUUUUUCUGAGUGAGAGACUGAAGACAGGGAGCUAGGUGAAAUGGCUUCAUGGUGCUGUUAAGUAUUUGUGACAGAUGAAGACAGGACGGGACGUAAGUGAAACACACCUGUGUUGGGGCGGCAGCCAGCACUGCGUGCGGGGGGCUCCCUGCAAGGGCCCGCCUGCCUGCGAGGGGUGGUGAGGCUUUUAGCGAAGUGCGAUACAGGGCGAUUUUCGGUGCCUUACUUUAUCUUAAUUUUUGCCAAUGUGAAAAUUAAGGAUAAAUCAGAGUUACAGCAGGGAUUUAACAAACAGGAAAAAACACACAGGGUGGAUCAAUAUUGUUUGGAAACCGUUAACUUCGAGCUGUUGCGUUCAACUUUUGAUUCCACAUCUCUGUUCCUUUGUUUUUGAUGCCCAAUUGUUUCGGAAUUUGGCAUUUUUUAGAAAGGGAUGGAGGAAACAAUAGAGAGAGCUGUUGGAAACCAGCGCUAGCUGCUUGGGCUUUUCUACGGCAACGGUCUGUUGCUGGGGUUUGGGUUUUUUGGGUUUUGGGUCGUUUGGUUCGGUUUGGUUUUCUUGUCCAAUGAAGUUCAUGAACCAGUGGCAUGCAUUAUAUUUUAAUCUGUUUUGCAUCAUUUCACUCGUUUAGAUUAUAAAAGCAUGUGGUUUUUUCUAUAUAACUUUUGCUGUUGAUUAAGAAGCACAAUGUUAAUAAAUGAUGUGGUGAUCAAUAAGGUUUUAUCUUAAAGAAUGUAAAGAUUUUCGGUUUGGGAAAGUUAUUUUGGAGAAAUGGGACUCAGUGGGCGAUAGCUACUAUGUAUUUGGUCAACAUUUCUCUCGGUAAUUUCUUUAAUUUGUACAUUUGUAAGAGGGUUCAGAGUGGCCCUCUGACCCUCCUUCCCUCUACUCCAGCCAACUCCUCCUGCGAAGCUGUGUUCCAAUUUCCAAGGUUACUACUUGACUUGGGCCUCCUUAAACAGCACUGCACAGGAACCAAAUGCCAAACGGAGGAAAUAAGGAAGUCCUCCCAGUUUCUCCAAGAUAAAGCUUUUUUAUUAUUGCUAUUAAUAUUAAAUAUAGGUCUCAUUCAUACAGUGUAUGAGUAGGAUCAUCAUUUGGACAAUGUCCACAAGGACCAAUUUUUAAAACAUGUUCUUGUGUUAUGGCUAAAUAGUCUAGUAAGGUUUGUCCUUUAUUUUCAAUAUUUGAUAAACAUUUGAUGUUGAAAACUUAGAUGAUAGACGCUUGUAUAUGACUGUGUUGUAAUAAAGUGAGGUUUUCUUGAUAUAUAUUUAUUAAAAUGAUCAAAAUUCA